AUGUCGUCUGACCCGCGCCGACUCUCAAAUAUGAUGAGAAUACUUCGCAUACCAAUCUCAGACGAAUAUCUUGAGCAGAUAUCUGGCACUGCUCCGCUUGAUGUCAAAGCUAUGACAGUCAAAUGGCUCAAUGUCUACCACGCACCGGCCCCAAAAUGUUUCGCUGGGAUGUCUGCUAAGAGGACAAUCGUUAAAGAAGUUUCGUUGAAUCGCGAGCAACACGCGCAGUCCAGACUUCAACUGGUCAGUGAGAUCGAGGUCACAGAAGAGCUUCUUGACCGGCAUAGGAACCUUGCUCAAGCCUUUAUCGUUACCAUAAUUGACGAAUGCGUCUCAUCCGCUGUGUCAACCGUCGAUUAUGCGGAGGGUGGCCCUGGGAUUUCUCCAGUCUCCCUUAGCCUGAACACCACUUUUCACAAUCCUGCAACCCUUGGUUCGACGCUGCGACUUAUCAGUACAACCAUAGCAGCGGCAGGUGGAAUUCAAUCGUGUGGAUGCGAAGUAUGGGAUCUAAGGGAGCAACGCCUCGUCGCCAAUGCCGUGUAUUCUGGAAUGCUUUCUUCUGCUCAUAGAGCACGUCUCUAA